GUUAUUGUGGAACGUCAAAGUUAGCAUGUUAUAAUUUUGCUACUUACAAAAGUUUAAAAACUCCGCUUUAAAACAAUUGAAAGUUAUUGAAAAAUAGCCAGUAAACUUUAUAAUCGUUAAUUAAUGUUAACAGUAUCAAAUAACAAAAUAUUACAUCGAAACCGACCGUGAACAAACACUGCCCAGUAUUCCUCGUAUCGCACGUGUUUGUUUUUGGUGACAGGUUCGGAUCGCCAGCAGAAUGGGCAAAAAGAAAGCGAACCAGCUGGGCCGGUCCCUUAUCAAGGAUCGGUUUGGUCACGGCAACCGGAGAACCGUUGAUAACAAUAGCAUGCUGCACACAACCGAGGUUCAGGACGGCUACGACUGGGGUCGAUUGAACCUGCAAUCCGUCACGGAAGAGUCCUCCUUCCAGGAGUUUUUACGCACGGCUGAGCUGGCUGGUACUGAAUUCCAGGCGGAAAAGUUGAAUAUCAGUUAUGUGAAUCCGAAGGCGAAGGUUGGCCUGUUAACUACCAAUGAACGAGUCGCGAUCGAGAGAAAGCAAGUGGAUAAGAAAAAUCUGUUGAAGAUUCCACGCAGACCCAAGUGGACCAAGGACACCACACCGGAAGAGCUGCAGACUGCGGAAAAUGAAAAGUUUCUCGAGUGGCGAAGAGGUUUGGCUACGCUACAGGAAGAAGAAGGCAUGCUGAUGACACCGUACGAGAAGAAUUUGGACUUCUGGCGGCAAUUAUGGAGAGUGGUGGAGCGAUCGGAUAUUGUCGUUCAAAUUGUUGAUGCCAGAAAUCCGCUACUGUUUCGCAGUGAAGAUUUGGAAAAAUAUGUCAAGGAAGUCGACGAAAGGAAGAUGAACAUGAUUUUGAUUAAUAAGUCAGAUUUUUUGAAUGCCGAACAGAGGCGAAUGUGGGCUCGGUAUUUCGAUGAGCAGAACAUUAAGGUUGCAUUCUUUUCCGCUGCCCAAUCGGUAGAAGAAGCAAAACGAGAACAGGAAGUUGAAGACGAUAAAAGCGAACAAUCUUUAGUGAUUGAGCAAAAAUUGAACGAAUUAAAACUGAAAGUAGAUCGAGCUGAACAGGCGCUCGAGCGACUAGAAGAAAAUAUUGAUGCGCUCGUUGGGCAAGACGUUGAGGAUACCACAUCGAAUCGAAAAUCACGUAAUGAUCCAAAAAUUCUGUCUAACACCGAGCUGAUAGCACUCUUCAAGAGUCUCCACACGGCCGAGCGCGUCACCCCCGGUCUUGUCACGGUCGGUUUGGUGGGCUACCCGAAUGUCGGCAAAAGUAGUACAAUAAACGCGGUGUUCCUGGAGAAGAAAGUGUCCGUAUCGGCAACGCCGGGCAAGACGAAGCACUUCCAAACACUGUACGUGGACAGCGAGCUGCUGUUUUGCGAUUGUCCCGGUUUGGUGAUGCCGAGCUUUUGCACUACCAAAGCAGACAUGAUACUGAACGGCAUUCUUCCGAUCGAUCAGAUGCGGGAUCAUGUACCGCCGGUAAAUUUACUUUGUACACUCAUUCCGCGACACAUUCUAGAGGAUACCUACGGUAUUAUGAUUUCUAAACCACUGGAAGGGGAGGACCCAACUAGAGCACCCUUCUCCGAAGAGCUUCUGUUAGCUUUCUCUUACCAGCGAGGCUAUAUGACAGCUAACGGGCAGCCGGAUCAAUCGCGCGGUUCUCGAUACGUGCUGAAAGACUUCGUAAACGGUAAACUUCUGUACUGUCAUGCUCCACCAGGAGUCGAGCAGAAGGAGUUCCACACAUACGCCGAGCGCCGUAAAGAGGAAGUAGACGUUAAACUUCUACCUCCGAGGCAACAACGGGCAAUGAAGAUGGGCAUCACCACCAGCGGAAAAGACAUCGAUGAGCAAUUCUUCCAGGAACGGUCCCAUACUGGUUUCAUUAAGGGACGAAGUGAUUUUCCAAAUGUACGUCCGAUGGGGGUACCAGGAUCAUCGAAUCCUGAACAGGCAGGUGUGCUAACAGCCGGCAAACCUUGGAAACAUCAGAAACGGGAAAAGCGGGAAAAACUGCGCAAAAAGUAUGCUCACCUCGACCAACAUUGAAACAUUUUCCCAGUAAAAAGCUUGUGUUAACAUGUUUUUCUUUUAACUUUAUUCAAUGUACAAAAGAAUUACACAUCUUUAUAUUAAAUAUAUGUGCUUCAUUUUUAGGUUCCUACAA